UCCGGAAGUGAGAGUUGGGGGGGAGGUGAAAGGACGCAGGGAAUCGAACAUGGCUCGCAGGUUGCUGUGCAGCGCUGUCGGUGUGUUUCAGCUCAGCAGGACAGCAACACGAACGACAGGACCUCGUCUCUACUCUCAGACUCAACCGGAGCCGCUGACCGUGAGACAGCAGGACAACGGGAUAAGGAGAAUAAUAUUGAACAAUCCCAAGAAGAGGAAUGCUCUGUCUCUGUCCAUGCUGGAAUCCCUCAGAGAAAACAUCCUAACUGAUGUGGACAGUGAUGAUCUCAGGGUUAUCAUCAUAUCAGCCAAAGGUCCAGUGUUUUCCUCUGGACACGACCUUAAGGAGCUGACGUCCACUCAGGGCAGAGACUAUCACACGAAGGUGUUUCACACCUGUUCAGAGAUAAUGACUCUCGUACAGGACAUACCUGUUCCAGUGAUCGCCAUGGUGAAUGGCGUUGCCACGGCGGCUGGUUGCCAGCUUGUUGCAAGCUGUGACAUUGCCGUGGCGACGGAGAAGUCCACCUUUGCCACCCCGGGUGUCAACGUGGGUCUGUUCUGCUCGACGCCGGCGGUGGCCAUCGGCAGAGCUGUGCCGAGGAAGGUUGCCAUGGAGAUGCUGUUCACAGGGACUCCCAUCUCAGCCCAUGAUGCUUUGCUGCACGGUCUGGUCAGUAAGGUGGUGCCAGAGGAGCGACUGGAGGAGGAGACACUGGCCAUCGCCCGGCGGGUUUGUCAGGCCAGCCGACCUGUUGUAGCCAUCGGCAAGGCCACCUUCCAAAGACAAAUGGCUCAAGGUCGAGAUGCAGCGUACGCCACAGCCUCCAAGGUGAUGGUUGACAACUUGGCUCUGAGAGACGGACAGGAGGGGAUCCGGGCCUUCAUAGAGAAACGCAAACCAGUGUGGAGCCACAAAGCAGAAAAAGCCCACGACUGAUGGACUGAUGUUGGAUCACUGCAAUGAUCUAGUGAUUAUCCUGACGGGUGCACUGGGGUGGAAUAAUUAACACCAGUCCCCCAAAGCCAAUGUAUGAGCUAUGCUACAAGUAAAAUGAAUAAUUAAUAACUUACGAGAUGACAAUGAUUGUUUGAAUUGUUGACUUUCACCACGAGGAUUCCCUUUCUGCUGAGGCUAAAGACACAAAGUUGAGCCAUCGUGUGCCUUAAAAGCUGCAGUGUGGAGCAGGAAAUACACUGUUACCACCCAGAGGACUCAAGAUGUUUAAUGACAUAGCGGACUCAUAAAGCUAAUGGAGAAUGAAUGCUGCUCUUUGUAUUUGUAUAGUGUUAAACCCUAUAUAGGUUACACAUUGGUAGAAAUGAUGUCCAGCAUGUUAUCUGGGCAAGAAGACGAUCAACACAAAAGAUAAACAGAUGUGUUAGAAAAUAUCUGGGUCUUUAAUACAAUGUCAAAGUUACAAGUAUGUGUAUAUGUAAAAGUACAGAUAGGCAAUAUUUAAUUAAAAUACUUCCACUCUGGAACUUAGUUGAGGUCCUAUAAACUAUAAAUUUCACAAUAAAACACCACAAAAUACAAGAAA